AUGAAUUUUCGUACCGCAGGUUUGCUACAGAAGUCGGAUCAAUUUUGUUUACGUUUUUAGAUAGAUACUAAGUAUUAUGACUGAAUUCCACUAAUAAUUACCAUAAAAUGAAGUUAUUGGCACACUUUAUUGUUUAGUGAAACCUGCAUAUCGCAUACCUAUUGAAUUUUUUUCUGGUAAAUAAUGGAUUCCAAAGAAGAUGCAGUUUUUGAUCUCAUUUCUGAGCUGUGCUGUAAAACAGCGCUUAAGUUUAGUUCAAAUAGCAAUAUCACACAGAAGAAACUAGUGAAUAAAAUGAGGUCGCGAUCAUAUGAAAUUAUUUUGAAGAAAUCGGAUUCAGAGAUACCUCAAACACACAGAGAUCCUUUAUCAGAUAUUCUUUGUUAUUACUUUGUUAAUCAUCAAAAUACCAGAAAUGUGGCAGAGUACAAGAGAUCAGUGGAAUUGAGAAAUAUUAUAAGUGCUCUGAGACAUAAAGACUUUGGUAAAAAUCAAGAUCUUAUUAAUAAUAUCCUCAAGUUUCUACUGAGUUUGAGUGACUCAGUGAAAAAAGAUAUCUCGUCACAGCUUUAUCAGAGUCCAUUCACUUUUGGCAUGUUAGAUAAUAUGUUGCCAAAACCACCCCAGCAAUCAUUUGGGUCUCCUCAACCGUAUCCAUACUAUCCAUCCCAUGUGUUUGAGCUGCCAUAUUCACUGAGAUGCCAGGCUAAUAGAUUGUUAAAAGAACAAUCUCAGACAUACACUGAUUAUAGUGUACAGAGCUUUGAUUCGAAAUCUCUUCUAGCGGAUCUCAACUCAAAUUCAAAGCCGCCAUCAUCAGAACUGAGGACUUUCCUCAGUCCAAUGUCAAUGGCGUCAAUGACCUCGACCCAUCUGUCUCCGUAUUCUGAGGCUGUAUUCAACUACCCUCGUCUCACUUCGCCAAGAGACCUGAGGAUACCUGAGUCUAGUCAAGUCAAUGUGAAGGUCUCUUUUCAAAGUACAUCAGCUAAAUCGGACGUGCAGGAAGUGUAUCGAGCGAGCGGUGAUGAAUGUACAGUCGACAUCUGGGAGCUGGCCACGCAAGUUGAUAAGGAUAUACCUGAAGACAUUUGGGAGUUUGUGGCAAAACUUCCGCCAAUAGUCGAUCGCCAGUUGAUAGCGAGUUCUCCGCGGGAGAUGCGACUGUGGCGCCAUCUUCACGAAGAUGUAUUGUCAGAAUGCCACGUUAUAUCCGAGCAACAGUUCAUACGGCACGUGAUGUACCUCAUAAUUGGUAUAGAAACUAACUCGUUUCCAUUCAACACGGAGUGGAACUGCUUCACCAUGAGGGAGGAUCUGAUCCUGGAAGGCAUUUCUAAAGGGAAGAUCAGGGGUUACGUAUCAGAAUUGUUGACUGUUGGAACGUAUUAUAGGAGGCUGUAUGCUUUCGCCUUCAACCAGAUAAAUGAUGACCAUUUCAGUACGCGAGGACUGGUUUAUGAGGCGGCGCGAGAAGUAAUAAGACGUUAUCUCUUAGAAUUUCGUCUGUUAGUCACCGAGAUUUACGAGAAAUGCAACAAAUCGUCGGUAGAUGGCGUUAACUGCAUCCCCACUCUUCUACAAAUCUUGCAUCACGUCGAAGCCCGCAAAUAUGAGAUCGAAACAAUUGUGUCCAUUUACAAGAUGGCCGAUGCUGAAACGGACACAACCCUACCUCAAGGCGCGGAACUGAUGUCAUAUCUGUUCAAUGAAAUUUACUUGGUCACACAUAAGAAGACCGCCUUUACUAUGUUCAAUUCAUUGGUUUCUCUAUGCAAGGUUUAUUUCAAAUUCAUCGAGAGAUUUAUAUUUGAAGGCGAACUGGACGAUCAAUUCAACGAAUUUUUCAUCAGAAAAGAUUCUCAGUACAUCAAUAGCAGGUCCAAGCGUUAUUGGGACAAAGGUUUUCAUAUAACACAGAGCGUGGCAAUACCGGACUUUCUUAGACCUCUGGCUAAGUUUAUCUUGCUCUGUGGCAAGUCGCUGAGGCUGUUGAAGAUGUGCAAUCCUUCUGACCCCCUCCUGCUGCUAAUCUCAUCAGACCACCCCUCCAUAUCGUGCUGCGCCAGCUUCGAGGCGCUGUCGCGGCAGCAGCGGCUGCUGGACGUGUACCGCACUCGCUGCUUGUUCGUCAGCGGGGAGCCGGCCAGUUUCCAGCAGAUCGUGUUGAAGAGGGAAGCCGAGAGGAAGGCGUUCACUGAAAUGGCCGCUUUGAAGCAGGCCGAGACUAUGGAUAAAAUUGUUGCUGAAAGAAAAAGAUUGGCACAACUAAUCAUAGCCGAAAAACAGCAUUCGCUUAGAGUUCUAGAAGCGGCGAUGGCUGAAACUAAAGCAGCCAAGAGUCGAUCGAAACGAAGUGAGAAAUUGAGGAGUGAUUUAGAGAAGGCAGCAGACGCUGUAGGAGAUCAAAUUGACGCCAAAAUUAGAGACGAUGAAAAAAACAAAAUCAUGGAAUAUUAUUCAAAGCUUAAUAUAGAAGUGGAGAAAAGUAAAAUUCAUACAGAGUGGAAGAUAAAACGGUUGCAGUUAGACGAGAGCAGGAUACAACUUCUAUCCACUGAAGAGAGGAAUUUGAAACGGGAAAAGUUAGAACUAGAACAUCAGAAAAACGAAGAAUGUAUGGCCAUGUCUAUACAGAGUUUAGAUCAAGAUGAUGUUAAUGAUAGUAAAGAUGUUUUGUCAGAUCAUGCAUCUGAAGUAGAAGUUAAUGUCACAGAUCUUAAUGAACAAGGAAGUAUUAAAGUCGAGAGUCAUAACGUUUUCAGUGCUAUUUGUAAUGCAGCAAAAAGUAUUUUCGGAGGAGCCAAAACUGAUGAUAAAUGUGAUAAUACAAAGACACUCGAUGCGCAAGGAAAUGUUGUCGGAACGCAAACUACGUCUAGCGCUGUCAUUGGUAGAGAUUUGAAUGAAGAGUACGAUAAUAUGGAGUUUUUGAAAAUGCGACAAGAAGCUUUAAUGAAUAAGCAAAAGGUUAUGGCUCACGAAUUUGGACAGACAGACAAAGAGAAUAAUCAAAUGAAAGUUCCGUCAUUAACUGAUGUAGUUGAUGAAGAGAAUAAUUUGCAAGAUUGGUCAGCGUUUGCUGAAGCUAGAAGAAACAAAUUGAAAGUUCUUGGGGCUGAGUUUGGGCUUGAAAAGUCUGAAAAUACAAAAGCAGCGCCUAUAACUGAUGCCCAGAAAGAAGCCUUGAUAAAUAAGCAGAAAGUUUUAGGUGUAGAGUACAAUUUACCUCCUGAGAAAGUUGUAAGAAAUGAUCCAGCUAAUAUAGCGCAGGAGGAGGCUGUAAGGAAUAAGAAGAGAGUGUUAGGUUCGGAUAUGGAAGGUUCGAGAAGUGAUAUCAAGAAGAGUUUGACGCUGAAUUUGAAGCCGUAUGGAGAAUGUUCUAGUAAUAGUGUGGUGACGCCCAAUACUGGGGCAGUGACGCCGGGCGAAUUGUUUCCGAGGCUGGACUUAGAAACCCCAACAACAGCGGAUAUCCUCCUUGAAGGACCAAUGACAAGUGACAUAUUUACCCCCCGAAGCGAAUCCAAAGAAUUAGAAUCAACUAAGACCAUAGACAAAGAGUACAUAUCAUCCGACGGCUUUACCUUUCCCAUCAUAGACGAUGAAACUAUCGAAUCAGAAAUUACUAGUGACGCGCAAAUCCUAAGUCCAGAAAAUUCUCCUUCAAAAACCAUAGAUAUAGUAUUUCGUAAAAGACUAUCAAAGAAAUACUCCGUCUUUGAUAUCUUAGACGGUUCAUAUAAUUUGGAUGAUUUCGAUCCGUUCGGUAUAAAAAAUUUAGAGAAAUUUUCAAAAGAUCAUCUAAAUAAAAGGAUGGAUGAAGACAUGGCGUAUUCUUGUUACACCCACCCCGCUGUCAUAAUGGAGGAAGUGAGAAAGUCGCCGUACACGAACAUUUUCGCACAUUUCGGACCGGAAGAGAAGAAUGAGAGGAUAACUAGUGAUAAUAUUGCGACUUUGACCGCGUGCCUUCAAAGAUCCGUAAUGUUACCUCUGACAUAUCAGUUAGAAGUUGUUAAUAAUUCGAUUCUAUCAUAUUUCUUGGUGAAUCUUGAUUUGUAUGAGCACUUGAGGUGCUUGAAAGAUUAUUUUUUCCUAAUGGAUGGAGAGUUCUCUAGGAGUAUAUGUCAUAAUCUAUUUUCGAAGAUGUCGAGGACAUUGAAUCCGCAUGAGCUGUUGAACUUUGCGUCGUUACAUAGUAUUUUGGAUAAGGCUCUGGGAUCGUCAAUAUCACAUGUUCACAAAUUCUCCGAAAAACUGUCAUUCAUGAUGUCGGAGCCCCCCCUGAGCCUGCAGCACAGUUCCCCGGACGCCCUCGCGUGCCUCUCCCUCACUUACGCCGUGAAGUGGCCGCUCAAUAUUAUAUUGUCGAAUGAAGCUUUGUUAAGAUACGGAAGAGUGUUCCAGUUUCUACUCAAAAUGAGGAGGAUUUUCUGGGUGCUUGGGGAGGAUUUCGAAAUCCUUAAACUCUCAGCGAAGCGGCACUCGAGAAAACUCCAACGUUCGCCGCAAUACAGAACCGUUCAAAUAUACCGGCACAUCAUGGCGGCCAUGAUACGAGCGUUAGACAACUAUAUAGUCACCACUUGCAUACUAACGUCGUGGGUGGAAUUCGAGAAUGAUCUGAAGAAAGCCAGAACUUUGGACGAUUUGUACGAUUGUCAUGUGGUGUAUAUAAAGAAAGUGCUGUUUAGGUGCCUUUUAAAUAACAGAUCGACGCCUGUGAUGAAGUUACUCAAUGAUAUAUUCACAGUGAUAUUGAAGUUUAGUCGCGUUUUGAAGGCCGGCGAAUGGCACCAAAAGGAGCCCAACGGCCACUUCAAGCACACCAGCUUCAAUCAGCUCCAGGAAUUGUUCCAUUUGUUCGAGAAACUUGCUAAAGUCGUCCACAAAGUCGUCACGAGACUCAUGGAAUGCGGCUACCAACGCCAUCUGGCGGAACUUCUGACUAUGAUCAAUUUAAACGGAUACUAUGAUCCGGACAGGACGAAAGAUGAACAUAAUGCCAGCGCUAAGGAGAAUACCAGUCUUAAUUUGUCAGGGUUUUAAAAUGUUCGGUAGUUUUGUUAUUUUAUGCUGAGAUAAAAGGUUGUGGAUAGGUGUCUCUCGUAUAGAAUACGACAAAAUGUAACUAGUUUUCUUUGUGUGUUCAUUCAACUUCCAUUUUGUGAGAUCAGGCUCAAAACGGCUUAAUAGUCAGCUACUUAAACAGCCUUAACAUAUCUGAGACUGUAAAUUAUUCGUAGAAAUGAUAUACUUCUUUCUUAGAUGUUCUUAUCGUAUGAUGGAUAUUAUAUUUGUUGUAAUAAAUAAUUUAUUUUGAAAUCAAUACUCAAAAAUAUUUAUUAUCAUUCUGAAAUCAUGAAUUGCAUUCGUGCUAUAGUUGUAUCGAUGAUUCGAUGAGCUUGUAUGGAAGGUUUGAUGAAUGUGGAUGAAGCAAAAAAGUAUGCAGAGAUCGUAGCAAGUGGAAAGAUGUAGUCUCUGCCAACCCCUUCGGGAAAGAGGUGUGAUUUAUGUUUUAUCGUCAGUUUGAUUGUUACGUUUGCUAACUUACUCAUGUUGUCAUUCGUUUUUUUAGAAAAACAUAGGUAUGUAAAAAGUAACGUAGCGAAUUCGACUCGUGAGCUAUCAUGUAAUCCAUUGCCUUAUAUUUAAUUGUCAUUAUUAGAUUUAAUUGUGAUAUUAAUUGUCCCACCAAGAGCUUUAUGUUUUAACAUUGUAAUCUCGGUAAUUUGUUUAUUAUUAAGAAUGUUACUUUAGUUUAAUGUUGCAUUUAUUAAUUAGUCUUAAUUAAGCCUGGGUCGUAGUUAGGGCAUUUUGCGCCAAGCCUUUCUUAUAAACAUCAUAAACCAAAAAUAAUAAUAGUAAAACAAAUUAAAUGUUGAGCGUGUAAUGCGAGCAUAGAGGUAGCGAGAAAUAUCUGUAAAUGCAAGAAACGUUGCCCUUUUAUGGCCCUUAAUAAUGUCUCAUGUAAAUAGUGUUAACCUUUUGUAUUAUUGUUGGUUUAUAAUUAUGUCGCUGUUCACGCUAUAUUAUUAAAC